AUGGACUUUGAGGAGGAAAGGGUAGGAAUUCACCGCGCAAUCAACACACACGCCAAGAGGAUAAUCACAUCGUACUAUUCGGUCUUGGAAUCGUGUCAGAUUGACCCUCAGAAGGAUUCCCUGUUGUGUUCUCAGGUCGAGAACUUUCAGAUUAAGCUCCACGUUGACAGUUUUCUUCAUUCCUGCCGGAGUUUGUACGCCAUCGCAUCUGAUUUGUCUAUAAACUCGCUACUUCAUAGCCCAGAAGCUGAAAUUGAAGAGAGGAAAAAGAGAGAAGCCGAAGUUGCCAAGAACAUCCACCACCUCCGAAACGAGAGCAAAUUGAUGGACGACGUAAUCUCAAGCAUCAGUAACUCGUAA